AUGGACAGAAAGUAUCUUCCUGCCUGGUUGCAGUCUUUCAUAGAGAAUCUAUGGUGGAUCGUCAGUGCCGGCGUCAUCUUGAUAAUAGCACUUCUCAUCGCUCGCCACAUAUUUAUAGGUCAACAGAGACACACGCAGAGAGAUAUUGAUGCGAAUCAAGAAACAAUUGCUGCAAACAACCAGGCGGAAAUAUUUCCCUGGUUACAAUCCAUGGACAGAUUCUUCCUGGGAGUAUCUACCAGAUUCCGUGCGCUCUUUUCACGUACAGAGAGGGAUCCUGCGGGAACUGAAAUAGCACGAAUAGAAGAGAGAUCUUUCGAGAGACCAGUCCAAUUGAGACAACUUCCCACGACAUCACCAGAAGAAUACGAAGAAAGACGAAAAGAGAGUGAAGCAAGGCAUCGGAAGUUAGUAGAAAGAACCGAAAGACUCCGAGAAGAAAAUUUCAAAAGAGAAAAAGAUAUGAGGUGUCAUGCUUGGUUGGAUGGUACGUGUGUAGAAUAUGAUGAGGCAGGACCAUCGAAUCGAUUGGUGGACAGUGAUGAGGAGACUUUGAAGGCAGCAGAAUCAGUAUCUCCUCUGGACACUGACGAAUCCGGAAGCCAAGAAAGUGUAAUCGAGAGGCCGAUGGCGGCCCCCCAGAGUUCUGCCGGACCGUCGAAUCCUUUGGUGGCACCAGAAUCAGUAUCUCCUCAGGAAUCUGUCGAAUUUGACAGCGGAAGUGAAAAUCAGAGGCUGAUGGGUGACGCCGAGGCUGGACCGUCGAAUCCACCGGAAUCAGACGAAGGAAGUCAAGAAGGCUUCGUGAGCAAGAAUCGCGACGACAAGCAAUAA